AUGUUUACGCCUUACCGCCGCAGAUUUAUCUUUGAACAAUGGCCCAGGGAUCCUAAUGGACCCUUCCUUAAGCCCCCCCCUCCUAGAGGGAAACGCUCUCCGAACGAUAUCCUUUGGGGCGCCGAUCUGGACAGUUUUUUCUGGACACAACGACAGGCAGGCCUUGGUGUUGUGACUGUAUGGAGUCGGAGCAUGAUCCAAGCGUUUGGAGAAAACUACCAUAAAUUAGAAGAGAUCGAUGAAGAAGAACCAGAUCCCUGCGUGAUCCACCCAUACUCACAACUGCGCACUCUCAUCAAGAUGCCCGAGUUUCUCGCAAAAAUCAUGGAUGCUGAGGAUCAUACUGACACCAAUGCGAUGGACAUUGAUACAGAUGGUGCCUCUGCCUCUGCCUCUGCCGCCGCUUCCAACGAAAACGAGCUGCAAUGCUCGAUUGAGGAUCUGCCAAGACUUCAAGAGUUCAUUCCUAGGGAGCACUUUCCAGACAUCCUCAUGGUUCAUGAUCCCGACGAGUUGACGCAGGGUGAAGAAGUAGAACCAAAUUCCGACUGCAAGGAAGAUGAAAAGUCGCACACAGCACCUAUCAAGUACAAGCGUGUCUGGCCGACGUGCGACGAUCCUACAGGAGGGGAAGCAUUAAAUAUGAGGAGCGGAGAUGAGGCACGCACCGCGCAUCUCUAUCUUUCGGCCAACUCGCGAAUAGGUGUCGGGCACCAUUCGUUUGUCUACCGCGCUGCGUUGACGCUUCCCCAUCCCCUCGUCGCAGAGUCAUCUACAGGCCAAGUCACGGUUGCAGCAAAGCUUGCAAUGCCUAGGCUUUCAGCAAGAGAAAUGCUCAGGAAUGAGGCUGAUAUUUACAAUAAGUUCCCCAAGCACCUUAUGGAGGACUGGAGUGGGUAUAAUCUGAUCAAGCCGGUGAGGUAUCCAGUGCCCGUCGACGCUGUGGUCCCCAAGUUUUUCGGCUAUUAUAUCCCAGAGUCAUCAGAGUCGAGUGCGAGUUCCCCUGAAAGUGGCCCCAGCCCGAUUUUACUGCUCGAAGAAUGCGGCACGCCAAUUGAAGCAAGAUGGCUUUCGCUAGACGAGAAAACACAGUGCUACACCCACAUCCUCCGUCUACACAUGGAAGACUUUGUGCAAAACUCGAUAUACGUCCGCAACAUCCUCAUGCAGCCCGGGCCGCUCUACCUUCCCCCGUCGGAGCGCACGCUCGCCCGCCCCGUGUUCCGUGUGAUCGACUUUGGGCGGGGCGAGCGCUUGAAUGACUGGGCGAAGGAUCGGUACGGCCAAGACAUGUCAGCGUAUGAGAGCGACUCGGACGCCUUCCGCAAUAACAUCCUACCGUGGAUCCUCAAGCUCCGUGAGCAGGAGCGCGAGGCGAGGCAAGAGCUAGGUAUAAACGAAGUCGAAGAUAUCUGA